GAGGUCUGGUAAGACUGUCUCACUUUCCUUCCCUGACUGCCACAUGAAUGAUCCAAAUAUGUUUUUCCUCAGACAAGAUGAGCUCUCAAGUCAGACUGAGGCUGCUCCCAAGUGCCAGGUGUUUGUACGACAAACCUAUUCAGGUAAAAGUGUCACAUCUGAAAUCCAGGCAGGUGGUCAGCAUUAAAGCCAGCUCGACUGAUGAAAGAGGAGUUCUGUUCAGCUCUUCAGCCACUUACAGGGCUGAUGGAAAUGGAGAGAUUGACCUGGUCAGAGACGCCUCACUCAGCGGGAGCUACGUUGGAGUUGAACCGAUGGGUCUACUGACGACGCUGAAACCCAACAUUGUUAACAAACUUUUUGUUAAGGACAAAGCUUUAGAGCCACACAUGGUGAAGUUCUCUGUGCACGAUGAGGAGGAACAGGACCGGAUGCUGGCAGAGGCGACCAAUGAGAGGUAUCUGAUGGCAGACGGGGUCAGCCGAGUUUCUGUGGAAGAAGGGAACUUUCAUGGAGCUCUGUUUACUCCCCCAGGAAAAGGUCCAUUCCCUGCUGUGUUGGAUCUGUGCACCAUGAUGUCAGAGAAAAGAGCAGCUCUGCUGGCCGAUAAAGGAUUUGUGGUUCUCACAGUUCCAGUCACUCAUAAAAAAGCAGAUAACUUGAAAAUGAUACACCUGGACCCUUUUGAGGAAGCAAUUAAUUUCUUGCUGCAACAACCAAAGGUGGGCAGUAAACGGAUUGGUAUUGUUUCAAAUUCAAAGUCAGCAGAUGUUGCCCUUUCUCUCGCUGCUUUUGUCCCGGGUGUGGAGGCUGUGGUGUGGAUCAGUGGCUGCUCAGCCAACACUGUAUUACCUCUGUUCUAUAAGAAAAAACAAAUUCUCCCUGCUUUAAUGUUUGACACCAAGAAACUAAUUCCUACACAGUCAGGAGCUUUCAUUGCAAAGUAUGCCAUGCAUGACCCUCUAAAAGAAGAGAACAGAGCUACUUUAAUCCCCAUUGAACAAGCAAACACACAUUUCCUUUUUGUGGCCUCAGAGGACGACCUUAAUUGGGACAGCAACAUUUACAUGAUGGAGAUGAUGGAGAGACUGAAGCGUCAUGGGAAGAAAAACUUUGAGAGUGUGUGUUAUCCAAGAGCUGGACACUUUCUGGAGCCCCCUUAUGGACCGUACUGCCUCUCCAGUUUCCACAUGUUUGGAAAAGUGGCACUCCUGUGGGGGGGGGAACCGAGGGCCCACGUGGCAGCUGAAGUUCACCUGUGGAAGAAGAUCCAGGAGUUCUUAAGAAGUCAUGUAAUCUGUGAUCUUGUGCAGAAUAAUGCCAAAUUAUAGAUUCAAACGAAGUGUAAAAUAAUUAUGACUUUCGACAUUAAAGUCAUUCUAAUUUUCUUGAUUACUGUAGCCACAUCAAUCUACAUAGGUAUUGUAAAUCUACUCUUAGUUUCAAGAGUGCAAAAGGGGAAAAGUCCUUUUAUUGAAAUAAAAAAGAAUGGAAAACCG